AAUAAUAAAUACACAUCAAACAUUACAUUUACAUCACGAUUCGCUUGUGAAUCAAAUCUUAGUAAUAACAUAGUUAGCUAGUAUCAAGAAAAUGGAUUUUUUCCACAAAGCUAAAGCCGUUAGGAUGCGUAACGUCCAUGAGAAGUAUCUAACGGCGGACGAGGACGAAGAGACGGUGACUCAAGACAGAAAUGGUUCCGACAAGAGAGCUCGAUGGACCGUCGAACCAGUUCGUGGUUCCUUUGAAGUGAUCCGCUUAAGGAGUUGCUACGGUAAUUAUCUCACCGCUUCUAACGAGCGGUUCUUGCUCGGUGCCACGGGACUUAAAGUGGUCCUGUCGAAACCGAGUCGGCUUAACGCGUCCGUCGAGUGGGAGCCGGUGAGAGAAGGAUCCAAAAUUAAGCUCAAGACUAGACACGGUAACCUUCUCCGAGCCAAUGGUGGACUUCCUCCGUGGCGUAACUCAGUCACUCAUGACUCUCCUCAUAGUUCGGACUCGUUCUUGUGGGAUGUUGAUAUCGUUGAGAUCUUGGUUGAAACGGCUACUCCGGCUACGGCAGCGGCAACAACUCCUCCGCCACAUAGGAGGCCAUCGAGUCCCCCGCCACAUAGGAGGCCGUCCAGUCCCCCGCCACAUAGGAGGCCGUCAAGUCCUCCGGUGUCUAGGAGUUCUUCAGACACAUCCGAGGAAAAUUUGACUGAGUCGCCACCGAAAUCUGAAGGAAGGAUCAUAUAUUACCACAUCGCAGACGAAGAAGGUCACGUGGAGGAUGAGUCAGCCGUUGGAUACGCUGUAACUUUCAAAGGAAACAGCGUGGAGCAGUUGACGCAGGUGCUGAGGGAAGAGACUAGCAUGGAUGAUGUUGUCGUGUGUACACGCAAUCCUUUAAACGGCAAGCUGUUUCCUCUUCGUUUGCAGCUUCCGCCAAAUAGUGGAAAAAUGCAUGUCGUUCUAGUACCGUCAAAUACUUCUUAAAUGGUGUGCUAUGUGUGUUAUGCAAUAUUGGUCGAAGUAUUCAGAGGUAUGGUGUUGACCAAAAGGUAAACAAUUGGUUCUCGGUUUCCAUUAGAUAAGAGUAUGCGGAUAGAUCAUUAUUGUGGGUGCUAAUCAUUCAUUUUUUUGUUAUUUUGUAAAGAAUCACUUAAGUUUAGCCAUUUUAAAUGGGAACAUCCGCUAUCAUGCAAUGAUGUUAUUAUAAGACUUCUUAUCAAUCAUUAAAGACUUUAAAGUGCUCAAACAUAAUUGCGCAA